UGAUCAUCUCUCACUAGCUUUGGCUGCCUGGUCGCCUCCCGUAUCCCCUUCAAUCUUUACGGAGGUAUCAUUGUCGUAUGCAUGGGACUUGCCUUCUUUAUGCUCUCGUACGUCAAGUUGAUCCCUCCGCUCGACGGUCUGAUUCUUAACUACAAGAAGUUGGACCAAUGGAAGGAACAGAAGCACUUUCGCGUUCAAUUGGAGGCUCAGCGCAUUUUUGAACAGCAGCUACAGCAGGAGCAGAAUCUGACUAGGAUGAUCCCCAUGCACCAUUCCAACGCCCUCACAGUCCAUGCGCACAUGGCUGUCGGCAGCCCAAAGCAGAUAAGAGCAUUUUCAGCCAUCAACGCUGACAGCACGAAUGCUUCUGGGAUCGGUGCCGGUGUCGGUACAGGUGCGAGUGCAGACGCUGGAGACUUAAAGACCAUGUUCUCACCACCACUUUCGCCUCGAAAAUCGGCCAAUUAUCCACUCGGGCCCAUGCAGACACCGCAUCAGCGUUCUGGAGACCCCGACCCGAUGUUCCCACACCACCAGCCUCAGAGCAAACGCUGUGAAUCUACCGCUAAUCUGGAGACCUCAGACCAGCAACCACGGGUGCCUGCAAAUCAAACCUGUCCAUCAAAUGAGCAGGGUCAUAGUCCUUACCCGGAUGCGCUAUCAGAUGGUCAAAUGCAGUUGGACAAAGCUCUGCCACCAAUAAUGGUCUCUGAACGAGAAGGGCAUUUGGCAUUCACUCAUCAUGGUACGUUUACACUAUCACCUCCUCCAGCUUGCCGGCAGAGUGCCAUCAGUUCGGAACCAGGGUCACCACUUCAGUACCUUAAUGUCGACGACCCUACGGAUAAGACCCCAGAUCCUACUCCUGGGGAUAAGGCAGAGCUGUCGACGGAGGAUGGCAUCGUGAAGUCUGCCCCACAUCCAUUAGAUCAGAAUUCGCAAAGGCAGCAAACGCCAGACCGGCAGCAUCAACGACAACAAAGAUUUGGCCAACAGCAGUUCCCUAUACGCACAACCAACAAACCAGCACCUCCGCACGAUCCCUUUCGCAGGGCUCAAUACCAACCGCCAGAACCAUCCACUAACGAAUAUCCAAUGCAACAGCAGCAGCAUCAUCAUCAUCAUGUUCCGUCCCAGUACGACCCAGCACUGCGGGCUGCAGAAGGCGUAGUAUUCCUUCCACCGGGCGAGAGACAUCCACCAAUGCCACUGACAGCGACGGGUCAAAUCUUGUCCUCGAUUGGAGGCAUCAGUGGUUGCUACGGAAUUGUUGGUGGUAUUCCCAGAACUGCUACGGUUACUCCCACAUCUUUCAGUCAACAAUCUUCAGCACGGCAGUAUUCUCGAAUACAAAAGAAUAGUACCAUACAGCAAGUACAGCUACCAAACCUAAACGAUACAGGAACUUCAGAUCUGGGGAAUCCCCCGUCGCGGUUACAACAACAGCAGCUAGUGUCGUCCACGACGCCCGCAAGAGGUGGCGGGAUCGGUGGUGAUAGCAGCAGUCAAAGGGACGCGACGGCAUCCCCGGCAACGUUUGUACCUCAGCAGCGCCCACCAACAAAGGAACAGGAGAUAAACAAACAAUAUAUGCCAGACAUUGUGUUGACGCUGCCAACGCCUGCUGAGAUAGCCAAUGCAUCCUCGAGGAGGGACGGAUACUUUGCCAUGUAGCGGUAGUCAAGCUAUAUAAAGCGUUUCAAAGGAAGUGAAUAGUGAAUAUAGUCAAUUGAGAUAUUGGGAUUGUGAUGAUAUGGUGUUGCUGUUACGGGAGAUGGUGAGAUAGAGCGGUUGUGCGACAGUAGAAGGAAUGGUGACGAUGGAAAUGGGGUACUUGCGAAACUCAGCCGGUCGCUUGCGGU